UUAAGCCUAUUUAAGGGUUUAUCAGCUAAGGGUAAUGAAGGUUUAAUAGAACAAGCAAUAGGCCAAGCGCGUCAUCGGUUAAAGACAGACCUCCAAGCGGGAAGGCGGUUGUUAUAAAGAACGCAAAUCCCAGCCACGCUGUGAUUUACAUUUCAGUACCGUGCCAAGCCAGCCCUCUAUUAAACGAGACAGGCUGUAAAAUAAUGUUGGUUUGACUGGGCAUAUUUGAAAAGGUAGGCCUAUUUCCCACUAGCCUCAUGGGAACAAGACCAAUGUGCGACCUCGAAAAAAAAGAUCCAAAGGUAGAAACCGAACAAACAAACAAAAUACAUUGUUUUGAUGAACAGGUCGAAGUAUAAUUUAGGACCAUUGAAUUCCUCGAUUCCCUUAUUUUAGUUGGACCAAAUGGGUUCCAGCCCCCUCCCCUGGUGCUUAGGCAUGGUAUUCCAGUCUUUUUUUUACUUUUCGCUGUUCCGUACUGUUCUCUCUCUUCCUCUGCGAUAGCUCUGGUUUGGCAGUUGGUCUGCUGCACAAUGGGUGAUACAUUUAUUGGUAUCUUUCUGGCAAGCCACACCGUGUCAACAUAGGCUGCUGGAAGGAAGGCUGCACCCCUUCGGUUUAAAAUCCUGCUCAACGUCGCAAAAAAAGGCAAUAGGCCUACAUGAUGAUGGAAGCUAUUGUUUAGGUGACCUGCAUGAGGGCAACAAAAGGUGUGUAACACUCGGGCAGAGCUCAGCUAAACCAUGCACAUUUCAAUCCCCUCCAUCCUCGUGUCUCUCGGGGUGAAGUGUCUCCUGAACUGGGUGAUGGUGGUCUCCCAGAAAAAGGGGAACGUCUGCCGAGGCUUCAUGGGGGUCUUCGGCGUGUCCCUGGCGCUGGUCGACACCGUUCUGACCCUGUCCCUGACAGCCCUCCACUUCCAGGCUGACGGAGUUCUCUUGGGCGUGCGUCUCACCAGGCAUCACGUGUGCCUGCUGUCUCAGCUCGCCGGAAAGAUCUACGGCGUGUUGCAGUGGCCCGUGGUGGUCCUGGGCUUCCUGGAUUGUUAUGUGACGUUGAGUGGCCAGGGGACAUCCACCACCACCACCACCACCGCCACCAUCACCGCCAGGCUCCACAGGGUGGCCCCUGUACCUGCAAGCACACUGCUGUGGUGCUCAGCCCUGAUUUACCUGUUUUUGCUGUCAGAUUUCUACCCGGCGUUGGGCGAAGAACACCCAUACCAACUGCACCGAUGCUGGGUCUUCCUGUCGUCCCAGGUCCUUCAUGUCGGCACGGUGAUCGUCCUGGCGGUUGCCUGUGUGCUGGCAUACGUGCACAAAGAGCCCAGGAGGACUGUCAGGCACUUUAGACCUCGGCUGCCGUCGCCCGGAGAGCCUCUGACGGAGAGGGACCGCGGAGCUCUGUCCAGGAGGGAUGUUGUUCAGCAGGCCUUGGCGACACUUCUUGACACGUGGACUUGGUUCCUGGUGGGGCUGGCGGCUCUUUUGCUGCUGCUGCCGGUCGGAAUACCGGGGUACCUGAGUCUGAAUGUACCCUGGCUCUGUUUCCUGAACAGUGUUUUGACAGCAGUGGUUCUAAGCGCAAGCUGUCCAGCCUCCAGGCUAACACGAGGCCUGGCCGCAUUUCCGCUGGACAGCUUCUGUGACUGGAGACUUGGUUGUGCUACGGGGACAAAUGGAACAUAGCGACCAUGCAGCAUCACAAAGGGGAAGCACAGACCGGCAAACCUCAAAGCUGCAUAGAAGGCAGCAAAGGGGGGGUGGGAACUGACACACCUAAUAAAAGUGUUAAUGGUCUAAUCAUGGACACACAACAUUUUUUAGAUGAUAUGUUACUCUUGCUUUUGUAUUUUUCCUUGAGGACUACAGGAAUGUACCGUUUGGCUUUAUACUAUUUUGGUCGAGUCAAAGUGCCUUAUAAGGACAUUCAGAGGGAGACAUAGCUGAAGGCCGGAUGUGGUUGUUUGCAUCAGACUGUUGAGUGGAAACUUGAUAUUUCUCUCUCUCUCUAUAUAUAUAUAUAUAUAUAUAUAUAUAUUUGUUCUAUAUGACAUAUA